GUUUUUUUUUUUUACGGUCCCUGGAGUGACUCUGACGGGAAGGUAACACAUUGACCAUGGCUGGUCAGGACAUCCGACUCAACCACACCAUCUACAUUAACAACCUGAAUGAAAAGAUCAAGAAAGAUGAGCUGAAGAAAUCUCUANCCAUCUUCUCCCAGUUUGGGCAGAUCUUGGACAUUCUGGUGUCUCGCUCCCUCAAAAUGAGAGGGCAGGCCUUUGUGAUCUUCAAGGAGGUCAACAGUGCAUCCAAUGCCCUACGUUCAAUGCAGGGUUUUCCUUUUUAUGACAAACCGAUGAGGAUUCAGUACGCCAAGUCCGAUUCAGACAUAAUCGCGAAGAUGAAGGGCACGUACGUAGAGCGUGACCGCAAGAAAGAGAAGAGAAAGGGGAAAGGCCCCGAAACUGCGGGGGUGAAAAAGGGAGCAGGAGCUGCAGCUAUGGGUCCUGGGGUGCCUGCAGCCAUGCCUGGCAUGCCUCCCAUGAACCAGGCCCCGCGGAUGAUGCCCAUGCCCGGACAGCCACCCUACAUGCCGCCGCCUGGCAUGAUGCCACCCCCAGGCAUGGGUCCAGGACAGAUGCCCCCAGGAGCCAUGCCCCCUGGUCAGAUGAUGCCAGGGCAGAUGCCUGGACAGAUGCCCCAUGCCCAGCAGGUUUCAGAAAACCCACCCAACCACAUCCUGUUCCUUACCAAUCUUCCCGAGGAAACCAACGAGCUCAUGCUGUCUAUGCUCUUCAACCAGUUCCCUGGGUUCAAGGAGGUGCGACUCGUCCCUGGGCGCCACGACAUCGCGUUCGUGGAGUUUGAGAACGAGGUGCAAGCCGGGGCUGCCAGAGAGGCCCUGCAGGGCUUUAAGAUCACCCAGAACAACGCCAUGAAGAUCUCCUUCGCCAAGAAAUAAGCAGAUCGGCGAAGCUCACAGGCCGAGAUCUCAUACCCCUCCCUCUCCUUAGUGGUGCACCAUGUGUCACACUCGUGCACGAAAGCACACAUUCUGUCCCUGUCACACAUGCCCCCUCCAAGGUUGCAUUUUGCUUCCAUGGUAACGUAGAUAUCCCAAACAAGGAAGAAAAAAAACUGGUUCUUUGUAUGAAGCUACCUGUAGCAUGAGAGAAGGUAAGGUGACUUAUUUUACCUGAUCUCUUCCGUCUUGCAUUCCCCCAACACUCUCAUAUUGGUAUGUUUGCUGUUUUUUUUGGUAAUGGACUACUGAAGGGGUACAGGUAACGGUUUUUUUAUAUUAAAAUUUUUUUAAACACCCCCCCCUCCUUCAUUCCCUCCUUUAGGUGUCUAGCUUUUUCAGUGUUUUUGUUUUUAUAUCAGAAGCAUUGCACCCAGGGUUUGGGCACCCAAACAUUGCACCUGGAGCUUAUCUGUUUCAAUUAAACGUGUUUUAUAGUGAGUGUA